GCUUUGGCCGGAGGUAUGGCUUGCCGUUUGGAGAUGCUCUCGGUCCAUAAUAACCAAGAGUUUCAGCUCAUAAUUUUAAAAAAAUUAGUGACGCUUCAAUAUAGAUGGGUUUCCUGUCAUGUAAAUAAAAAAAUAACCAAGAAGUAAUUGGGUUCAUAUUAUGAAUUAGGCACUGAAUUUAGGGAGUGGGAAAGGAAUAAUCCAGGGUGUUUUGAUGAGAUGGAGUUGAUAAAAGAGGAUAGCUAGGGCGGUUUAAGGAAUUUAGCUGAGUGAGGGAUGGUGAAUGGAAUCAUGUGGGUGCAUGUGCAUGUGCAUUGGGUUGGGUUGGAUAACUAACAUGCCCAAAAGCAAGAAGCUGAUCAUCCCCACUCUGGUUCUAUAUAUCUUGUUCGCCGAUUCGGACAGCAAGGAAAGAAAAUGAUCCACAAACCGAAAAAUGGAGGAAAACAUUUAUAUAUCUAACUAAAAUAUCAUUAUAUAUUAUGCAAAUGAUCGUCUUUUACACAGCACCUGAAAUGGCAAUCAUGAAAAUGGUCGGUCUACAUAAGGCCAUGUAUAUGAAGAAAUUAAGAGCUCAACAAGCUAGAUUUCAAAAACUGGGGUGGAAUUCUGAAUUUGAAAUUACAUAGUGGACCCCAAUUUCUGGCUGCCUUAAUUAAUUAGAAUAAUUACUUCAUAUUGUCCAAUUUAUCCACAAUAGCUAGCCACCAACCCAUUCCCCCCAAGAAACGUACAUAUAAAACCCCCCCUCCUUUGUGCAAUCGAGCAAGCAACAACUCCAUCAGUUUUGUUCUGAGAGAGAGAAUUGGUAGUGUUGUGAUUUUAAAUCCUUUUGAGCCAUGGGUGAUCAUGAUGCUCCACAAUCCCUCCUUGGUUACCAAGGAAAGGGAAGGAGGUGGAAUUCAAAUGGGCCAUUAUUGCCCUCGGAGAACAAAGUUUCCAAGGCGCAAUCGACAAGAAGAUGGAAAGAGAUCAGCAAGAGGCCCAGGAUGAUUUUGAUGAAGAGGAGGUAUGUCCGUCUACAAGGCUCUACAAGGCCGGCAGCAGCAAAUGUCUUUGAGAAACGGGUUAGAGUCUUGAGGAAACUUGUUCCGACCAAAGAGUACUCUGAGGGUCUCGAUGGGCUUUUCAGAGAUACGACGGACUAUAUUCUUGCUUUAGAGAUGCGAGUCAAAGUGAUGCAAAUCAUGGUAAAAGCAUUAUCAGGAGGAUCUGAUGAUGAUGAAUGACCAAAUUAAAUGAUUGAUUCAUUUGUAAAUUAAGGCUAGCUGUCCGGUCAUUUUUCUUCUUCUUUCAUUUUGUUGUUGUAUCUGUUUUCCAUGUGACGUACAAAUGCUGGAUUUCAAAGGCCUGUUAUUAUUUGUUCAUGUUGUCUAGAUUUAGGGGCACGCGGCAUUAAUUAAUUAGUUGAUCGAUUGUGUGAAAAUUGAUGACUUUGAGAGAGAUUAGUAGUUAGUUAGUUUGUGUAUUGAUCAUUGAUUUGUUCUUUUAUUCAUUGUUUUGAAAUCAUUUGUUCUUUUACUGUAUUAGUUUGUUUUAAUUAAGGAGAUUCUAAAUUGGGUGGUUUUGUUCUUCCAUAUAUUAUUGUUUCUUUUAAA